AUGCGCCCACAAGGGACUCAGCAGGCACUAUUAGAGAGGCAGGUGAGCGAUGAUCCAACCUUAACGGCUGAGGUAGACGGUCUCAAAGAGUUAGAAACAUUUUUGCAUCUCGAAGACAAGGACACUGUUAUGCAUUCAAUUUUUGAUUCACCAGGGCCUUCUUCCGAUGUCAUCGAUCUCUUAGAUAUCGCUGAUGAUUCUCCAAUUAUCAGGGAGCUCGGCCAACAGGCUGAUCUUUGUCCAAAUCAAGACAGAGGCUGUCACUAUACGGCGACCGCGGGUACAACGCUGGACGAUGAAGGAAUAUUGACGAGCGAUUUCGAGAACUUCUCAUCACCGCCAACUUCUACAAGGGGAAGAAAGCUCAGCUUUGACACGCCCCCGCAAAGAACAGCUCAAACGGUUGUCGAUUUUGAUUUUCUUCAAACAAAUCAAACAAACACGCCGUUCUCUGUCUCCAGCACUGGCGCCUUAGAAAUGGACGCACAGCGCGCUGACGACGACAGCUUUUUUGGCGAAAUUUGGCAGGAACCGGCGACACAAAAGAAUAAUAAUGAUAAUUUAUACUGUAAUAAGCCAAACUUCAAGGUUGGAAAGCCGAAGUGGUAUUAUCAUCCAGCUCCAGUGCAAAGCUUCAUUUCUAGCAACAGCAUGGAUCUUAAUUAUUUAUUCCAUUGUGAAGAUCUGCAAUCGAUGAAUAAUGUCAUGCCAUCGUUGAAUUCUGCUGGACCAAACUCAGAAGCAUUUUAUGACAACGCAUCAAGAGAGAUUGUGGAGCGUCGUCAUCAAUCACUUCCCAACAAUAGGUUCUCACGACACUUACCAGAGCAAGUUCAAGUUCAUACGUCAAAACCGUCCACUGGUCGACCUCGAAAGGAGAAAAGGAUCAAAUGUUUAAAGAGGGAUUCAACAGUGACAUUAGAACAAAAGCUUGAUUAUUUCAGGCUAGUAAUGGAGGAUGCAAGAAACAAUGGAAUUCCGGGAAUUUUCUUAAGAGAUCAUGCUGCGAGUGAACUUUCGUUGGAAAAGCAAGAACAUUGUGCGCUUGAGCUUGUGCUCCCAAAUUUCCACUUAAUUGCGAAACAUCUCGAUACAAUGAUAUCAACUAGAAAGAGCAGUUUCCGAACAAUCUGGAGAGUCACCAGAGAGCAGUUUGAUAACAAGGUGUGCUUGAACUUCUAUUUAUCGGAUGAGGUGAGACCCGUGGCGAAGGAUGACAUAGAAAUUAGCGUCUUUGUCCUCAUAGUACCUGGUCAUUCAACAAAAUACUUGGUUACCAGUUGCCAAUAUUUGGAGCUGGUAAAUUUCGUUCUCGGAAAGAAUUACAACCAUUUGAUCAACGAUAAUUUAGCAGAAACAACAGUUGGUUCGGAUGGCAAAAUGAUAUCUACACAAAAACAUCACGCAUCCAGAGUGAGAUCUCACGUCAAAAAAUUCUUGCGACGCCAUGUUGUAAAGGACUUGAGAAAAUACACGGAUCUCGACCGCAGCGAUGCCAGAGAAUUUGAAUACAGAAUGGCUUUGCACAACUUGGUUCUGCAAUGUUACCAAAAGAAGCCGUUCGAAAGUAAAGUUUCAAUUGCCUUGAUGGAAUUAGAAAAUGUUGAGAAAGCGCUGCUCAAGCAAGCUGAGUUUUUCACAUUCAAGAAAGUUUAA